GGCGGCGGCGUCUGUUUUUUCUCGGCGCCAUUUUGUGCUCGGACUCGGUGAUGGUGUGAGCUCCUUUCUCCCGCGGGGGAGGGGAAUGAUACCGUGUUCAAGCUGGAAGCGCGGGUUGGUUCAUUUCUCCUCCUUUCCGCCGAAUGAAGUUGUUCGAGGGGUUUUUGGGGGAUAUUUUCGCCGCCUCUCCCCGGAGCUCCGACCUCUCUGCGACUGAAAGGCCCGAUCGGAAUCCUUGAGAGAGGAGGGCAGAGACAUUCCCUAAAUUCCGGCCCUGACUCGCUGUUUGGACUCGUUGGGAGGUGGGUGGGAGGGUAGUGGUGGAGAGGGAAGCUCUGGUUCAGGUGCAGAUUAAAUUCACUCUUGUACAUUGUCCCGGCCAAUCGUUUCCUCCGUUGAAAUAUUGUCCAUGUUUAUUAUCUCAGCACCUGUCCUGUCGCCUCAAUGAGUGAGAUUGACCAUUUCUAGGUGGGAACUUGCUUCUCCGCUUGAGAUUUUAUUCAAACUCAUUUUGUCAUGGGAUUCUUUCAGAAAAGAGAAACUUUCAUUCCCUUAGCCGCAACUGGAUUUCAACUCAAAUUUGAGGAGUCAAAAAUUGUUUAAUUAAGUCAAGAACUGUGACAAUAUGAAUCGACAUUUCAACACCAGUCGGGAAUCGUCUGGUCGGGAAGUCUUUAAACGAAAAGCAGAUGAUACUCAAGAAAGUGGGAUUAAAUUACCAAAAACAGAAACUGAUGAACACUACAUCUUAUGCACAAACAAUGCAGACAGUAAACUUGCCCUUCCUGUACAGCCUGACUAUUAUGACAAGAGCUUUCCUGACUACAGGCAGCCUGUAGAGAUCGGCUGCUUUUCAUUAGAUUCAAAUCGCCAGCUCUUCAAUGAUGCCAGGCAGCUAAAAUACUGUGUGAAACCCACCAGCAAGAAUCCAAAUUUCAAUCUACGGGAUGGUUACAAAGACAGAUACAUAAAAAGGAAUGAUAACAUUAAGGAAAAGCUGGAUCAUAUCCUGAAGUGGAUAUUAUUGAACAAACACAAAUUUCCCACGCUAUCUGGUGAUGACAAAUCACCUGCUUUAUCAAAUCAGCUACACACAGACUUCAUCACAUGGAGAGGACAUCUGACUAAAAUUCUAACGACUCCUUAUGAGAACCGAGAGGGAUGGAUGUUGGCAGUGACUCUGUUUCAUGGAACCUAUUACAUGAGUGAGGUAGAGACCGAGGAAGCCAGACGGCAGAGAGAGCAGCGGACUGAAAUGCAGGAAGAAUUGAUAUAUGGAGGAUAUAAAUUUGAACAGUACUUGUGUGCAGAUAAACCAGGUGGGAAUCCUAAUCCAGCAGGUGUGGUAAACACUAAUGAAGCAUUUUGUUGUGUGGUUCGAACUCGGUUGAAUGGGCAUUCACUCGUAUUCUCUGGUGAGGUGGACUGCAAAGACAACUCUGACCCAAGGUUAAAGGCUCCCCAGUGUUAUGUGGAACUAAAGACAAGCAGGGAGAUUUACACUCCAAACCAAGAGAGGAAUUUUCACAGAUUUAAAUUGAUCAAAUGGUGGGCACAGUCUUUUCUGCCUGGAGUACCUCGCAUAAUCACAGGCUUUAGAGAUGAUAAUGGAAUGGUAGUUUCUCUUCAGUCUUUUGAAACAAUGAAGAUUCAUCAUCUUGUUAAGAAUGAACGGAAUUGCUGGAAGCCUGCAGUCUGUCUAAAUUUCUGCAACGCUUUUCUCUCCUUUGUGAAGAAAGUGGUGACCCACGAUGAUCACCAGAUGGUGACCCUUUUCUCCUGGGAACCUGGUAAAGAUAUUUCCUAUACAGUGCACACAGACCGCACAUAUGCUUUCCUACCAGACUGGUAUGUAGAAAAUAUGAUUGUACAAAAAGGUGAACAUAACGCUAAGUGAAGAACAGUAUUAUGAUCUGAUUCAAAGGAAAUGUGAUACUGAAUUGCUACCCUGUAAUUUACAAUUCUGUACAAAGUGAUACUUGAAACAAUGUACAUAAACUUGGUAAUAAAAGUUUUAAAACACACAAUCUUCCCCAGCCAUGGAAACACUUAUUUAUUUAAUUUCAAUAAUGUACAACUUCCAUAGAUAACUUCUCUAAUUUGUGGAAAUAGUAGUCUACGUACAGUAACAAUCAAGCGCCUCCGAGCUGGGAGCCAGCAUGCUUUAUUCAUUCCCCUUUUAUUAACAAUAUCCACCUUAACACUGGAAACUAGCACUCCAUGGAAGUUCUUCACUACAACUCCAUUUCAGUCACUGGGUUGCACUACCUCCAGAGACAUGUAACAAAAAUGUAACUUAGAAAUACAGAGCCAGUGUCACAAAUUACAUUCAUUCUGACUGGAAACAUCAUCUUAAAGUGCACACUUUUUCACCCAACACCCACAACCAAGUUUUGUCCUGUAUACAAACAGAGUUCCUCCAUUCUUCCAGCCUUGUUGCCCUGGGUAAAAUGUAAAUUAGCCUCAUGACUGCAGUAUAGAUCAUUCUGUCUUUGAAAGUACUUUGAGCUUUCAGUAUUUGUGUUUCACAAUCUUGCAAUGGCUUUGCAAACUAAAUAUAAUGGCUUAUAAUUUAAUUGUGCAGUUUUCUCUAUUGUUAACACAUCAUUUCAAGAAACAAGGUGAUGUUACCCAGCCUUACUACCAGUUGUGCAAUGGUCUCCCUGCAGCUCACAGGUCAGCAUUUUAAAUUGUUGAUUUAGUGUUUGGCCAUUUUAGAUAAUCCCAUGAUUUUGAAGGUAAUCCCUGCAAUCCUCUCGUAGACCAGGAACAUUAGAGCAGCAGUACAAACAGUUUGAAGAAGUUUGGCUUCAAGACCUUUGUAAAGUCCUGGGAAACCAUCUUUUCUGUUAACAAGAAGAAAAAUCGAUCUUAAAAAUGUUAAUUGUAUGAAAUUUAUGGAAAAUUAGAGACUGUGUUUGAAGUGGUUAA